UCUCCUUGGCUCUGUAACAUGCUUGAGAAGCAGUUUAAGAGCUAAGAAAAUGAGCUGAAAGUUGUUUCAACAAAGUGGAUAUAAAUGAAUAGGAGCGCUCUAAUGGAUGACGGGGAACCUCCUACAAAUGACCUGCAGGUUAACUUGCAAGACCCACUUCAGGCCGACAUGCAUGUGGAAAAAAUAAACACUUGCUUGGCUUCUUCCCCAGAUGAAAAUGAGAACCCGCUGAAUGGUAGCAGGGACAAAGUGAUGGGAAUAGUCGAGCAAGACAGCAUCAAUAAUAAUGAAGGGGAGGACCAUGGUGUCUGUGCACCCCAGUGUCAAGAAUCCUUAAGCGAUAAGCUGAGUAGGAGUUCCAGUACAGAUGAAAUGCUCAUUCCAGAAGCACGCGUCUCUGAAAACAGGAGUCCAAGAAAAACGAAAAGCUGCAUCAAGAAAGACACAAAGAGGGCAAAGCAUAAGAAAACUGAUGUUGCGGCAACAGAUUGCAUGCAGGAGGAGGGUGGAAACAAAACAAAUUCAAACUGUUCCCAGAAGGACCCAACACAAACUCUGCAGACCCUCUUCUCACUUCUUCGAGAAGCAUUUGAGCAGAUGGAUUCAAGAGUGUUGCCCCUGUGUCUCCAUCAGAUCGCUGAAACCUAUUUUCAAGAUGGAGAAUAUGAGAAGGCCAUGAAGUUCAUUCAGCUUGAACAGUUAUACCACGAGCAACUACUUGCAAAUCUUUCUUCUAUUCAGCAGCAGUGGGAAACAAAAUGGAAAGCAACCGCAUCCAGUGAGGUUCCAGGUCUAAAAAAUUCUGCUAAAGGUCUGAAUAAUGAAGAAUUAGACAAACUUGCUGAACUUUGCACAUCACAUCAAGAGCCACUUGUCCCUCGAAGCAAGUUAAUAAGUGAAGAAAAGCCCUGGACUCACAAUAGUUUCAUAGGUUUCACGGGAUCUGCAGAUUCAGAGGACAGAGGUGCUGCGACAUGUGAUUCAGACACUGAAACUUGGGCUGGCAUUGGAUCGCGGCCGGAGCAUCAUCACUCGGAGAGAGAGAGGAGAGACAGCUUCCAGCCUGACAGCCGGCAUACACUUAGCAAGAGGGCAAGGCUUCAGCUGGCUGUAAGGGAGGGCCACAUGGAGGAGGAGCACCGCAGUGCUGAGUCAGGACUGGAAUCUCCCACCCAGUCCCCGGGGGCACCAGGCACGCUUCGCUCUGGCUGUUUGUCUUCUAGGGAAGCCGGUGAAGAUAACAGUCUGCAGCUGAGAGAAGAACAGUUCUCUGAGGAUGUAUCAAAAAUAGAAGCAGCCGCUGAGGAGCCGGCAGCAGAGUCCUCUAGUGAACCAAUGGUAGACACAUUGGUCUUGACAGAUGCUGAUUACAUGCCUUGUGAUCUAAUUUCCACAGGUGACAAUGUUAGGUUUGACGGGAACGGACUCCCGUCGAACCCCCGCCUUGGCUCUAGUGCAGUUUCCAGUGGGCAUCUGGGAAGCCGCGUAUUAAACCAGCAGCAGCCUGUUUGCAAAAAUGACAGCAAAUCUGUGCCAUGCAGAACUUUGUCAGACAUUCGCGAAAAUGUGUUCUCUGAAAGUAACACACCAGAACAGGCCGCUGUUGGAUAUGCAGAAGUAUCUGAAGGGGUACAGGAAACAACCGAACUGGAAGAGGAAGGCGAAAGCAAAGGAUCAGAAGACUUCUUUCAGCAGUUUUUAAAUGGUUGCAUAAAAGACAGAGAAGAAUCCAUCAGAUACUUAGCAACUCUGGGGGAUUCGGACACUCUUUCACAUAUACCCACUGAACAAGCACUUUAUAGUUCAUCGGAAGAUUAUUCACGGGAGGAAAGCUUUUCUUCUCUUGAUGAACUAGCAAAACGGAUCGAAAUUGCAGAGAAUGUCCCUGCUGAGGGACUUGUGUCCAUAUUAAAGAAGAGAGAUGACAGUGAAAGCAAAGAUCUUGCUCAAAUCCAGCAGAGACAGGCAAAAAGAAGAGUGAGAUUCCAAGAAAUGGAGGACUCCUUAGAUCAAGAGGAAGUUGGAGGUGGUUCCUGUGUUUUGCUGGUCUUGUUGUGCAUAGCAACAGUAUUCCUUAGUGUUGGAGGAACUGCCCUGUACUGCACCUUCGGCGAUACCGAAUCUCCAGUAUGUACUGAUUUUGCAGCCAACAUGGACUUUUACUGUACCCAAAUAUUACAGGGUAUAGAAGAACUUAAGCACUGGAUAUCUUUAUCAUAAUACAAGUAAACACUG